UGCAUUCACGGGGAGACCUGGCGUGGGACAAUAACACGGGUGACGUGAGACGGAGCACCACCAUGAGUAGCAAACACGUGACCUGCAGAUAUUUCAUACAUGGCGUUUGCCGUGAAGGAUCAAGAUGCCUGUUUUCCCAUGAUCUAACUUCAAGUAAACCAUCUACUAUCUGCCGGUUCUACCAAAAGGGCCUGUGCACCUAUGGCUCCCGCUGCAGAUAUGAUCAUGUGAAACCUUUGGGGUCUUCUCCGGUUUAUUUUACUCAAGAUGCCUCACCUGCAGCCCCAGAUAUUCCUCCAGUGCCUCCCCCAACAGAAACCACUGCACCUGUCACCAAAAGCACCCCUUUACGACGAGAGAAGAAGUCUAUUGUUCUUCGAGAUCGCAAUCUUUGUGAACUCACUGAUGAAAAGUCACGAUCAAAUCCAGCACCCAACCCAGAGCACAGCAAUGACAUGCACGGGACAGAUGGGGAAGUGAAGCCACACUCUUACCUGGAAGCUAUUUGCACAGGUCUUGAAGAGGUAGACAUUGCCCAGUCAUUUCCUGAGGAUACUGAACAGCUUUGCCCUUAUGCUGCAGCAGGAACGUGUCAUUAUGGUGAAGAAUGCCCAUAUCUCCAUGGGGAACUGUGUGACAUCUGUGGGCUGCAAGUUCUUCAUCCUUAUGACCAGGAACAGAGGAAAGCACAUGAAAAGUUGUGUAUGGCAAAUUUCGAACAUGAGAUGGAGAAAGCAUUUGCGUUUCAGGCAAGUCAGGAGAAGGUAUGCAGCAUCUGUAUGGAAGUUGUGUACGAAAAAUCAUCCGCUUCUGAAAGGAGAUUUGGGAUCCUCUCAAACUGCAAUCACACCUAUUGCUUGGCCUGCAUAAGACAGUGGCGAUGUGCCAAACAUUUUGACAAUCCUGUCAUAAAAUCUUGCCCAGAGUGCCGUGUAAUAUCGAAGUUUGUGAUCCCGAGCGUAUAUUGGGUAGAAGACCAAAGUAAGAAAAAUGAGCUCAUUGAAGCAUUUAAACAAGGCAUGGGGAAAAAGGCCUGUAAGUAUUUUGACCAAGGACGAGGAACCUGUCCUUUUGGCUGGAAAUGUCUGUACAUGCACGCAUAUCCUGAUGGGAGAAGAGCUGAGCCAGAAAAACCACGCAAACAACAUGGAUCGGAGGGCAAUGUCAGGUUCUUCAAUUCUGUGCGACUGUGGGACUUCAUUGAAGAUCGUGAGAACAGAGGCAUCCCGAAUCUUGAAGAUGAAGAAUCUGAUCUGGGAGACCUUUUCAUGCACCUGUCGGGAGUAGACCAAGAAGCUUCUGCUGCAUCAAAUUAAUCCGCCUGUAUUUCUUAGUAUAUAGGGUAGUGGCAGCUGUUGCGUGCAAGUAGUAAAGACAAACCUUCAAUGUUUUAUUGAAGGAUCAAUAAUGUGAUGUGUGUGUGUGUACGCUGAUUUGUUUAAGAAAAGAAGAAAAAAAAAUCAUUGAGCUUAUAGGUAACCAGAUACCAUGAAUGGGGAAUUACUGACGCAACUGCAAUUUUAUACCCUAUCAUUUUAUUAAAGAUCAGCAGUUAGUGCUGAAAUGAUUUGCUCAUAUAGCCUUCCCCCUUACAAUUUUACAGCUUUUAAAUGUCGACACCAGAGAGACCAAUAGGUUAUACUGGGUUCUUUAAAUCUGCAACAAUAGAAUUUGUCAACCCUAUUUCUUGAUAUUUUGUAACAUCACUGUUAAUUUGUUCUAUAACACUAAUCAGCCCAGGGCCUUAUCUGAGUGGGUAUUAAG